ACUAAUUCAAUAUCCUCUAUUUUUUUUAGAUUGUGACUAUGGAGAUAAAAAGUCAACUUGUGUAGGAAUGUCAUUACAACUGUGUCGAAAUAACUUUGAAGUUUGCUGUAAAACAUGCCAAGAUAUACGAUUAGAUAUUCCAGGUUGUCCUUGGGGUGAUGAAUAUACUGACUGUACUCAGAGUCAUUGCACCAAUGAUUUUUCGAAAUGUUGCCAAACCUGUGCCGCAACUACUACAGCUUUAACGACAGCCGCUACUUCUACGACAUCGACAAGUAAACCUUUAUCGACAGCCGCUACUUCUACGACAUCGACCAGUAAACCGUUACCGACAGCCGCUAUUUCUACGACAUCGACCAGUAAACCUUUAUCGAUUGCCGCUACUUCUACGACAUCGACCAGUAAACCUUUAUCGACAGCCGCUACUUCUACCAAAGCGACAUACUCUCCUUCAGCAACGGGAACUAUUAAAACUACAGCAAAAACUGCUGAUACUACUACCACGACCAGUGAGUCUGUCGCAAGAAUUUCUACAACAAAUACACUCAUUACAUGUGUAUUGAAUUUCAUCAUUCAUUAUGUAAUUAUAGGCUUAUUCAUUGGUAUCUGAACAUUAUGUAUUUAGAUCUAUAAUAAACAUCUUUAAU